GAUUGUGUCCUUACCUAGAUCGUGAACUUAUAUUCGGAAACGAAAACUACAGCAAAUAUACACAACAAUUUGUUGCGGACGUUAUGAAUGUGUGUACUCUGGCCACCUUAAGAGGAGGCGAGAAAUGUUUUGAGCGUCGUCGAAAUAAAUAGAAGAGAAAUAGGGAAGACGUCAAGAAUCUCGAAGAGCGCGAGAGCAUGAUACGAACGACGUAACACAACAUUCGUUGUAUCUUUCUAAACAAAUGCAGUUUUCGAGAAUUUCUUCGACUUCAUUUCAGGCUUCGAGGAUUCUACGCUUCACUGAUGAUGCCGAACAUCCCGAAUAUCUUUAGAUUUUUACAAUCUCACUCUGUCCCUGGUGUGCCUGGGGAUCUCGUCUGAGCUGAGACACAAAUGAUUUUUCUGUGCGGGGACGGAUUGCAUGCUCGAUUGAUCAUCAAUUUGUUACAAUUACUGUGAACGUAGAAGUCUGCAGUUCUCCUGCCCAUUAUCCUCACAGACACUUUCGAUCGUUGAGAAACACUCUGCUGCGAUUUAAGCGCAGGACUUGUAUAGGCGUUCAAACAUGUCCGGUAUUGCAUCACGUCAUGCGCGCCGCUUGCUAGCGGCUGGGCUGUUCCCUGCCCAUCAUCUGUCUAGAACUACAGGUUUUUGCGCUCUAGCAGAUCAGAGAAGGCUCUACAGAGGAAAUGCUGAAAGGGAAAAAGUUUGUCGGAACAGGCACUACUCAUAUGCAAGCAGGAUUUUGAUACCGCAGCAAUGUUCGUCCAUGGAUGCCGCUUUUUGGUUUGUUCCGAUCAGAGGUUUUGCGUGGUGGAGCCGAGGGAGCGGUUACAAUUCUGAAACAGGCGCUGACUCGAAAAUCAAGUCCGAUCAUCAUCUGGAAUCUGUAACCGGUUCUCUUCACCGCAGCCAACCUGAUCAAUCAGAAAUGUUGACAGAUGAUUCGUCAGUAAACACGUUGCUUACAGGCGAGGACCUGGAUGCUAACACCUGGGAGCGUGCAGGGGAGGUGCCUAAACUGGACAUUCCAGCUGAAAGCUUAAAAACCUCUCAAGCAGGGGCAGAGCUUCUAGAGACUGUCACAAAUGAAUCUCUUGCAACGAGUAUCUGGAGUAUACUACGGCUUCCUGCGGAUGGAGUAGUUGUAUUGGUAGACGGAGUACACAACAUGACUGGAGCUCCCUGGUGGCUCACGAUUGUUGGCUCAACACUCGCUUUUCGAGCAACUAUUUUUCCAUUCACCAUCACUUACAUCAAAAAGUCUGCACAAUUUGCAUCUUCCAUCUCUCUCUUACCACCGAUAAGACCCCCGCCUGAGUCUGGCAAGACCUUCGCUGAGCAGUACCGCGUAUUUACAAAGAGGCGUUUGGAGUUGGGGGUUCCCAGUCCCUUCUGGGCAAUUGCAGGUCUAGCCCAGGCACCGCUAUUUCUGUACUGGAUCAUAGCAUUGCGAGGAAUGGCCAUGGCAUCUCACCCAGGGUUUGAGACUGGUGGUGUCCUGUGGUUUUCGAAUUUGACUGUUCCUGUGCAGGGUGCACUUGGUGCUCUUUUUCCUACUCUCGUAGCUCUCACGUAUUUCAUCAACGUCCAGGUGUCAUUUCGGACGAUGAAGCCAAGCAAUGACGUCACCGGUUUCUUCAUGAAGAUAUAUCAAUGGUGGUUAGAAGCUAUGACCAUACCACUAUUUCUUAUGGGCUUCUACCUGCCACAGGGUGUAUUUAUGUACUGGCUGACCAACAAUACCUUCAAUUUGCUUCAGUCUCUAGCUUUGCAGAAUGAAAGUUUCCGCUCAACUUUUGGAUUGCCUCUUCUUUCGGAGAUGGAGAAGCUGAGAUCCAAGCAACAAUCGCAAAGUGCAGAAUCUGAGAGCAUCAAUCCAGAGCUGCUAGAUCUGGAUGGCCUUCUUUCGGCUGCAACUCAGUGUGUAGCCAAUGACCGUGACUUAGAGGCCGUCAACUUGUUGAAAUUUGCUCUCGAGAAAUAUCCCGACGAGCCUGAGGCCUACAAUGUAUAUGGGAUGUUACAUAUCAAAAAGCGUCAGUGGUCUGAAGCCCUCGAGUAUUACAGCUUAGUUAUUUCCAAGGCGCGUGAUGAUCCACCAAGGAUAACCGCGUUGAUGGGAUCCGGGAUCGCUCUUUACAAUCAGGGUAGGAGGGGGGAAGCCGUGGACGUGAUGAGGCCGUUGAUGGAUAUGAAUGUACCUGAAGAACCCGUUCUUCGUGUGAAGUACCUUAGAGCUCUUGUCACCUUAAGCAGUGCUAUGAGUCAGGAGGGGCUAAAAGAUGAAGCUCUCUCGGUGUUGGAGGCUGCUGCCAAGUGGGACAGUUCGAUAAAUGUAUAUGUGGAAGAGCUAAAAAAAGAGGUUUUGUCUUCAAAGUGAUUUUUUUCCAGAUUAGGAAACCAGAAACCAUUAGAAAAACGGAUUACGCUCAAAUUGUGGCAAGGGAUAUCAAAGUAAUGGAAGGAACUCCUCCCAUCGGCAGUGCUUGUAGCAUCAGAACAAUCCCCGUUAUCCAUGUCUGUGCAAGUGUUAGUGACAUAAGCAGCAAGUGAUCUCUUUCUUACAUACCCAAGCUCUGGAAGAAAUGUAUAUACAAUAUUUAAGCUUCGAAUUAAAAAGUGGGGAGACGCUGUGAUGCAGAUGAAGG